GUGGACCUGGCGUGGGUCGUGCGAGGAGCUGCGAAUAAAGGAAGUCGUUUUCAGUUCCUGUACGACCUGGAGCUGCCAAUCGUGGAGAAGAUAAGAACCAUUGCCCAGACCGUCUACGGGGCCAGGGAUAUCGAAAUCUCUCCUGAGGCGCAGACCAAAAUCGAUCGCUACACGCAGCAGGGCUUUGGCAAUUUGCCCAUCUGCAUGGCAAAGACCCACCUGUCUCUGUCGCACCAGCCCGACAAGAAGGGCGUGCCCAGGGAUUUCAUCCUGCCCAUCAGCGACGUUCGUGCCAGCACUGGGGCCGGGUUCAUCUACCCGUUGGUGGGAACGAUGAGCACCAUGCCCGGGCAACCCACCCGGCCCUGCUUCUAUGACAUCGAUCUGGACCCAGACACGGAGCAGAUCACAGGCUUGUUCUGAAGCAUCACGGUGCCCACGGACCACUUCCGGCUCCCAAAAUCACAAACUCACGCCUUGCCUUUUUACUACAUUUGGAGGAGAAGAUGAAUUUGAAAUACACUGGUUACGAAACCCAGGGAAAAGGUGAAAUGACCCAAGAUUGAUUCUUCUUUCAAGAGAAUACUGUUUGCAACAGAGUAUUUCUCUACUUCAGAAAUGGACCUCCACCAAGUUUGAAAGAAAUGAAUUUUCUUCCCACUGCUUAUAGGUUGGAAUGUUUAUUUUAUGGGAACAAGGGAUUAAAAGAGUGUGAACU